GCCUUCACUGGAAACUGCGCACAUCAUUGGGAUCUUUGUCUACUGUACCAGAUUCUAUCAGCCUCCUCAUAUCUUUUCUUGAAAAAUUUCAUCGACAUCAGGUGCAAAUAGUCACAAUCAGGCUGAAAUUUGCCAGUCUACAAUUAGCUCAUCCAAGCUGCGAAUUCCCAAUCCUGACAUUAUGGAUAUUUCCAUUCAACACCCCUGGUUUAGGCGCACCCUGGGCUACCCCACCCGCCUCUUUGACCAGCUGUUUGGAGAAGGCCUGUUCGACUAUGACCUCUUUCCCUUUGCUGCCUCAUCUGUCAGCCCUUACUAUCGACACUCACUCUUCCGCAGCUUCCUGGACUCCUCCAACUCAGGCAUCUCUGAGGUGAGGUCUGACAGAGACAAAUUCACAGUGUACCUGGAUGUGAAACACUUCUCUCCUGAUGAGCUCAGUGUGAAGGUGACAGAGGACUAUGUGGAGAUCCAGGGCAAACAUGGAGAAAGACAGGAUGAUCACGGCUACAUCUCCCGUGAGUUCCGCCGCCGUUACCGUCUGCCUUCUAAUGUGGACCAGUCUGCUGUCACCUGCACACUGUCUGCUGAUGGCCUGCUUACUCUUUGUGGACCCAAGGCUGGUGGCAUAGAGUCUGGCCGUGGAGAUCGCACCAUCCCUGUUACCCGGGAGGACAAGACCAACUCAGGCUCCUCCUCCUAGACGGGUCACUCCCCACAGCUAGGUGGCAGUAUGGAGGUGUGAGUGGGGCUCACAAGGGCUAUUAUUUCAGAGGGCUUCUAAAGGUGGAUUUAAGCAAAUCCUCUAUUUGUUUAUCAUUAAACAAGCCCUUCUUCCCACUUCCACUUCAAAGGGUGUCAGUGUAUAUCUGACCAUAAUACCUUCUUUCAUUAGACUACACUAGCUAAUAAUCUCCAUAAUCCACUAUGAUUGUUUUCAUUUUACAUGACACACAGGAAAUGGAUCAGGAUGAUUGGCUGGGGGUCUUCUUUCUUAAUCAAGCCUCUGCAUUCCUCUCUAGUUAGAGGAUAAAUCGCAAACAGUCACUGCUCUGAUUUUUGACCAUCCUCGUGAUAUAGGUGAUCAUUGUUACAUAACAGGGUAAAUCCAUUAUUGUAUAGGAUCAGUUGGAGAACUAAAUGCUUCAGAAAUGGUUGGAGAGCUUGGUUAAAACUUGAUCUGUUUGAAGAUUUCUGAUCCUGGGGAGAUUUCAUCACCUGUAAGACCUUGGCCUUCUCCCUUGCUUGUGUCAUGACCUCUUUUCUAGAUUUCUCUUGUCAUUGACUCUUGCCUGUCUUGUAGGUUUAGCCCUGUACUACUCAUUACUGACUCCUCAGGGGUCUACUAAAAAGUAAUGAAAAAUAAAUAAAGUUGUAUCAUUAACCAUUAAGAAAA